AUGGACACCUCCGAGGAACCGAGGCGUAGAGUUUUAAGGUCCCGCAGGGCUGAAACUGAGCGACCAUCUACAAGUUCACCUCCUACACAACCAAAUGGAUUAGGUGAAGAUAGGAAUUCAACAAAUGAAAGAAUGGAAGGUGAUGGUAGUAAUGAGCAGAUAGGGCCACAACCAAGUGGAGGUCCGAUACGAAAAGGGCGUGGAAGAGCAAAAAAUGAAGCCUUGCACAAAAUUAAUGAAAACAAUUGGCCAGUUCCAGUUGAGUUUGGAGAGGGUUAUAUUAAACCUGUUGGUUUAAAUAACAAAUUAUGGACGGCUGAGGUUGGCAUUAAUACACGAGAUACCGAAGCCCUUCUAAAGUAUAAAACGUGGAGGGAUGUUCCAGAUUUUGAGAAAGAGGUCUGCUAUGACCAUUUGAAGGAGGUCUUUGGAGUGGAUGCAUACGCAAAUGACAUUGAUUUUAAGCGAGUAAAUAUGGGAAUUUCCAGCGCGUUGAGGAAAUAUAGAUAUAAAUUGAAGUGUCAUUUUGAAGAGCAUCUUCCGAUUGAGAAUGCACGCCGCCAUCCUUACAAUGGUAUUGGUAAUGCUGUUUGGGAAAAAUUGUGUGAUACGUGGAUGUCACCUAAAUUUCAGGUUCAAUUUCUUAACUACUUGUUUUUACUAUUUAAUAUAAUAACUUCAUUCACUAGUUAUUUAGGUUUCCUAACUUGUAAUAUUGUCAAACUCAAAGAAAGGCAGAGCCAAGAAGAUGAGGACGGUGAAAGGGAAGAGGAUCCUACUAUUCGUUUGUACAAGGACACACAUUUUAAGGAACAAGGUGGAUGGGCACACGAGAAAGCUAUGAGGAAUUUUGUAAGUUAA